AUGACAAUUGAUGCAACCCGUACCAUGCUGGGGUUCAAAGUCUACAACUGGGUAAAGACGGACAAGAAACAGCAAUUCAGUGACGACGAAGAGACAGAUCAACCACUGGCACCCUUGUCCGAUGCAGACGACGUCGAAGUUGUCGACAGCGACGAAGAGAUGGAUCAAGACGAGGCAAACACAUCGAUCGCCCCAGAGACGACUCCCAUCUCGCGCGAUAUCUCCGAACGAGCAGCAUUCGAAGGUAAGGAGACAGAAUCGAAACCAGCUACACCAAAGCCGCAUCCUCCCUCGAUGUCGUUCUGA